CUUCCUCUCCCCUGUAGGGUAUUUAAGCAGAAGCAGAAGUUUCCCAACACGGAGCAGCAGCAGCGGAUCCACUCCAUCCAACAGCAGCUUGUCUCUCCAACUUCAUCUGAGUCUUUUCAGAUCGUCCUUCUCGAGUUAUCGUCGCCAUGUCUGAUCCAGGCGCCACCGCGACCUCCUCUCCCGCCCCCCCUCCUCCCACCGGACCCCGACCCAAGAUGACGAGCAGCGGUCGCUCUGCAGUUCCCAUCUCCAGCUCCAACUCUGACUCCACCGACAUCCCUGAGUUUGAACCGUUUGGUCUGCCGGGUCCAAGAGGAUUCCCCCCUCUGACCGACUAUCUUGACAUCUUGGACGUGGACAUGAUGCGACUGCCGGAGGAGAAAAAUAAGCAGCAGCACCACACCAACUUUUACAACUCGGACUAUCUGGUGGUGCGUCGAGGACAAGAGUUCGAGGUCAAGAUCACCUUCAACCGUCCCUACAAACCUGCCUCAGACAAGUUCGCUGUGGAGUUUGUGAUCGGCUCCAGCCCUCAGUUCAGCAAGGGCACCUACAUCCCCGUCUUUCCCCACAAUGAGCGUCCGAGCUCCUGGGAGGGCAGCAUCACCAACACCGCUGACAACACGGUCACUAUGGGCGUCACGGCUGCUGCCACCUGCAUCGUGGGGAAGUACCACAUGUACGUCGCCGUGGUGACGCCCUUCGGUAUCCGCAGGACCCGAAAGGACAAAAGACGCGACCUCUACAUCCUCUUCAAUCCCUGGGCCUCAGCUGAUGCCGUGUUUCUGGAUGAUGAGAAGGAGAGGGAUGAGUGUGUGAUGAAUGAGAUGGGGAUCAUCUACCACGGCGCCUAUGAUGACGUCGCUGAAAGAAACUGGAACUAUGGGCAGUUUAACUUUGGAGUCCUGGACGCCUGUCUGUACAUCAUGGACCGGUCCGACAUGCCCAUCACUAACAGAGGAGACCCCAUCAGGGUGACCAGGAAGGCCUCUGCUAUGCUGAACUCUCGUGAUGACGAAGGUGUGCUCGUGGGGAACUGGAGCGGCGACUACACCUACGGCGUGGCGCCCACUUCCUGGAUCGGCAGCACCGAAAUCCUGCUCAAAUACGCCAGCGUAAAGAUGCCCGUCUGCUACGCUCAGUGCUGGGUCUACGCCGCCGUCUUCAACACCUUCCUGCGCUGUCUGGGCAUCCCAUCGAGGGUCGUCACCAACUUCUACUCCGCUCACGACACUAAUGGAAACCUGAAGAUGGACAUCAUCCUGGACGAGAACGGCAGAAUCGACCGCAGUCACACCAAAGACUCUAUCUGGAAUUAUCACUGCUGGAACGAGUGCUACAUGUCCAGACCCGACCUCCCAGCUGGCUUUGGAGGCUGGCAGGUGGUGGAUGCUACACCACAGGAGACCAGUGAUGGCAUGUACAGAUGUGGCCCUGCCUCAGUCCAGGCCAUCAAACACGGGCAGAUCUGCUUCCCAUUUGAUGCUGCCUUUCUGUUUGCUGAGGUCAACAGCGAUGUGGUGUUUUAUUCCCGGAAUAAAGAUGGCACCAUGGAGCCUGUCAGAGUGAACCGGACCCACAUAGGCCGCAUGGUGGUGACCAAAUCUCCAGGAGACAUGACCCGCCGCGAAAUCACCGAUCAGUACAAGUUCCCUGAAGGCAGUACCGAGGAGCGGACCGUCCUGGAGAAGGCGGAGGAGUACGGCUGUCAACGCGAUAAGUCCGAGCUUCCCGCGGCCGACGUGGACCUGAUCCUGCCCACCCUGGAGGUCAGCGUGGGCGACGACUUCGAGAUGAGCCUGGAGUUUGUGAACCGCAGCGACGAGCGCCGCACCAUGGACAUCUACAUCAGCGGCAGCGUGGUUUUCUACACCGGAGUCACCAGCUCCGAGUUCCUGUUCAGGAAUCCCACCGUGACCAUUGGCCCAAACAAAAGUGUGAAGGAGUCGGUGACAGUCGAGUCGAAGGCCUACAUGAAGCAUCUGGUGGAACAGGCAAACAUCAACUUCAUCGCCACUGGGAAGGUCCAGGAGACCGGGCAGAUCAUCACCGCCAUGAAAGUCAUCACCCUGCACAACCCCAAACUCACCAUCACGGUGUCGGAGGGCGGCAGAGUGAGUGAGGAGAUGACGGCGACCGUGGAGUUCACAAACCCCUUCUCCUUCAGCCUGGAGGGCGUCUACAUCCGCAUGGAGGGACCCGGGAUCAUGCUGCCCAAGUCCAAAUAUUACAGUCUGAUCCAGGGUCGUACUUCCCUCUCCUGGGCGGAGUAUUUCAUCCCGCAGCGGGCCGGCAACAGCAGAGUGAUCGCCUCUCUGGACUGUCCCGCCCUCAGGCAGGUCCUCGGCCAGGCGUCUAUCACCGUGAAUCCCUGAGGAUCACCAUAGGGUCACCGUAGGGUCACUGAGGGUCACUGUAGGACAAGAGUGUCCAAACUACAUUUUUAAUCGGCCCUCAGCAAAUUCUAAAAGUAUAAUGACUUAAGUAUAAUAAACUUCUGCUUGUCUUCUAUUCUAUUUCUCAAAUAUAUAAUGUUAAAAUAUAUUACACAGUAUUCAUGCCCAAUUUUCAAAUACAUUCAGUCAAUUAAAGUUGAAAACAUAUGGAAUGCGGCCCACAAAUGAAACUUGAGCUUGUAUUGUAUUGUACUUCUUAAAUAUAUCUGUAAACAUAUAUUACACCGUAUUGUUCAUGUAAGCCCCCAAGAGUUUGCUAACUUACAAUGAGGCAAUAUACCUCUAGUGAGUGGCCCAGCUCUUCGUAUAUGUUUCUCUGUGGCCUUCGGUGAAAAAAGUUUGGACCCCCCUGCUGUAGGGGAUGCGACACAUCAUUCACUCACUCACACACACAUAAGCCUAAAAGCAGUUGUGUAUCUGUAGGUUUAACAGCUUAUUCAGUGUAACUUCAGCUUUUAUGAUAAUAAUGGGGAUAGUUGUAGGCGUAAGAAAAGCAAGCGCAGUUAUAACACAUUCUGUUAUAACACAUUCUGACAAUUAAAGGUCAACAUUUUUGUUAUCUGACUUUUUUUGCGGAGAAAGUACAUUUUUGAAAGAUCUAUGAUUGCUACUAAAGCUUCAAUUUGUUCUCAUCAUUCAAAAAGUAAAUUCAUUUUAAAACGUUUUUUUAAAGCUUAAUUCAUACCUCAAUUGUGGCCACCAGGGGGCACAAUUACACCAAAACAAGCAGAUAGUUAUUUGGUUUAAAUUACCCAUUUGAUGUUUGUUUCAUUCGAUACAACAUAAUAAUUAUUAAAUCAGCUUUAACUAAAUUGUCGAGACAUACUCCCUCUGUUAAACCUGCAUAUCAAUGUUUCUACUUGAGCACCAUAAAGAGCUCUUUUAACCUUCUUCAUAUCGAUUCAUAACAUCUGUUUCCUUACAUUUUAUUUUGUUCAACAACAAAUGCAAAUAACCAAAUAAAAGGUUCAUAACUGCA